AAAUAAUUGCACAUAUUUUUUUUUAUUAAUUUACUGUUGAAAAAUAAGUUGAAAAUAUAUUGAUCCUGUAGAUGUUUACAUUUCUGCCUGCACAAACUUCCAUCUUUGCCCAGGGUCUGGAUAAUUUCUCGUUAUGAAUUUGAGCAUAUUUAGUUAUCACUGUGGGCUUUUAAUGUUGGAUUGCACCUAGAUGAAAAAUGAGCAUGUUUUCUUGUCUAGCACAUGCAAAGUUGAUGCACAUGCAGGGACAUGCGGUUACAAAACUCUGGAGGCAAGCAACUUCCCAUGUGGGGGUGCUGCGUCAGGACUGAUUUGACGAUGAAAUUUACAUCACGCACACCAUAGCUGACCCUCGCUGUGAUGCAUAAUAUUGUGCAGCUUUAGUGGCUCAUUGGCCCAAGUCAGAUCACAUUGUCUUUCACACUGUUUUGAGUAUAAAAUUUUGUUCAAGCUUACAUUUUCUCUUAUUUACUCAUGUAACAAAUGCCCCCAAAGUGUAAAUCCAGAGCAAGUGCUGGUGAUACCUCAAAGAAAUGGAAAAUGAUAAUGAUGGGGAAAAAAAGUGGAAAUAAUAAAGUGAUCGGAAGAAGGUGAAAUGCAAUCAGUCACUGGAAAAGCAUUGGGCUACAGUUGGUCAAUGAUUGGGAGAAUUUUAAAGGACAAAGUGAGAAUUAUGGUGUAUGUAAAAGUCACUCUCCCAGUGAAAGUUAGUUAUUACUAAGCAACUCUGGUUUAAUUAUUACAAUGGAAAUGCUAUUGGUAAUACUUUAGUGUAACAAUAGGCUUGUGGCCAUUUCUGUGAUUUGAAAGUUGAAUGUACAGCAAGUAGAGGCUUUUGGGAUGAAGAAUUUGUUGCGAGGAACUAUUUACAUAAUAUUAAAGUGCCAGGUGAAUUUCCUGAAAUGUUGAAAAAAAUUUAUUGAGAAGGGAGGUUAUUUGCCAAACCAAAUAUUUAACGUAGACUAGGCUGGCUUAUUUUGGAAAAGAUGCCUGAAAGGGCCUACAUUUCAGAAGAUGAAAAAAGUACACUAGGGCAUAAGGCAUGAAAGGAUAGGCUAGGUUAUUGCAUGGAGGUAACACAUCUGGUGAUUUCAAGCUCAAGCCUUUGCUUAUGUAUCGUUUCCUAAAUCCAAGGUCACUUUGCUGUAUCGUUAUUUGGAGUGGAAAUGCAAAGGCUUGGGUUACAAUUACCAUAUCUGAUGACUGGUUUUUGAUCCAUUUGUCCCGGCAGUUGAACAUUAUUGCUUGUCCAAAAAAUUCCUUUGAAGAUUCUGCUUGUGUUAGACAGCACACCUAGGCAUCCAAGUGCUUUAGGUGAGCCAUCAGGGCUUCCCAAAGUGAUGAGCUUAAAGGAGUUCUGGAGGAAUUAUAAUAUCUACAAUAUCAUUACUUUUAGAAUUGAUUAUUGGGAUUAUUGGGAUGAAAUGAAGAUGUCAAACAUAAAAGGGCUGGCAAGCUUGUAUUCAAUUGCUCUGGUGAUCUCCACAUGGAUAUGGAGGAUACGCAGUGAAAGAGAGGGAGAAGCAGUUAGAGGUGGUGAGGAAAUGGGCCCAAGCAAACAUGUUGUAAUUGCUCACUAUAUCAUCCUUCUUGUGGAGUCUGUACUGUUUGGAGUGUUUGUCAUGGUUAUCUUUUAUGACCAGUUGGUGUCAAUAAUCACAGAUGAGACCCCAAUUGAGCAAAUAAGAAAUCGUCUGAUGAGGGACAAGACAGUGAACCCACACUUUACUCGCAAACCAAAGCUUGCAUUACUGAGGGAAGUGUUUGGAAGAGGUUCCAUUUUUUGCUGGUUUUUUCCAGUUCACCCAGGACCACCUUCAAGUGGUGGAAUAAGCUACUCUGCACUUCCUGAUUAUGAUGUAUGACUUAUUUGAAUUACUACUCCACUGCUGUGACAUCAUUUCCUGUUUUCAAAGGAGUUUGCACUGCAGAUAUUUUUCUGUUACCUUGUCUGGACUGGAUUAAUAUCACUUCUAGUGAGGCUCAGGUUAAAAGAUAAAGGCACUUUUAUUUUGACAGAGGAGGCAUUGCUUGUUGUAUCAUAAUAUAUUUGGGGUUAUAUAUCAUGUCGUGGCAAAAUUACCGAUUAACUUCCUUUUUUGUGGAAGAUUCAGACUUUUCUCCUUUCUUAUCCAACAAUAUAUUUUAGCAACAUAAUUUGCUGCUGUUACAGUGAUAUGUUACAAUAAUAUUGUCUUAAAAUAUAACACUUCUGAGAAGCUUAAUGUUUUCUAUGACUGGCUAAUGCAAAAUCAUUUCAGAUUUUGCUGAUUUUUUUAUGAAAGACAAAGAUCGUGUUGUUACAGAAGUCUGUGAUAUCUAUAUUUUUUUGUCUGAAGACACUGUUUUUGAAAAAUGUUGCGGCAACAUGAUGUAAGCUGGCAGUAUCCUUUUUAUUUGCUUUUGCUACACUCAUGCUACUUCUUUUUCUUUACAUUUGUUUUGAAAACACUAAUUCUUUUCUAAUGACAGAAAAUGAUUUACAACUCUUUCCUGCCUGAUGGAAAGAGAGGCUGCUGUUACUAGUCCUCUUCUGAAAGAAUCAAUGUGUUAUUGUUUUAGAAAAGACAAAGCAAGGUUUAUGUUACGUAUACUGUUAUUGUAAAUAACAUUAAUUAAUUUAUUGUUUUAAAUAUUAACCUGUGUACCCUGCAGGGUUCUUAUAGUUGCACUUUCUGUUUAACCUGUAAGAUUUUGAGGAUGGAAAAAUUGCCCUGGGACUAACUUGCAAAGUUUUUGCUUAAAAUGCAUAGAACUGUUUCUCGAAAAAUCCUCCACUUACCACUAAAUAUUUAUUUUCCAUAUCUCAUACACACAUUCUUCAGCAAUCUGGUAUAGCUUACAGUAGCUUUGUUCUCAGCUAACAGGUUUAUGCCUUAGAGUCAUACCAUCUGCUGUAGGUUUGAUCCCUCUUAUUUGUUCAUUUGUUGUUUGGACCAGUUCACUUUGACCAUCUUUGUGCUCACAAACAACACUAAUUCUGUGACAUUAUGUUAGGAAAAUAAUAUCUCAAUUAUUAUAUUUCAUUUUCUUCAUAUUUUCUAUGCAUAUAUUAACAUAUUUAAAAGUAUGUCAUGCCAAAUGCACUUUUAUUUCAUUUGAAUUGGAGCCUUUUUAUUUCCAUCAUUUACAUUUGAAACCUAUGGGAUUCAUUAAGUUGUUGUUUUUUGUUACUGUGCAAACAUGUUAAUGUUUGAUCUUUCUUCUUUGAAGACUAUAUUGAUUGUAUUUUUGUGUAAUCAUCAGUUAUUGAUUCCAUCCACUGGUUAAAAUAUAAACACCAUUACAUGA